AUGGAUAUACCGGAGAGGGAGGCCGAGAAAGAGAUGGACUGUGUGAAAGAUGAUAUGGAAAGAAAAGGAGUGAAUGAGAUGAAUGAAAGAGUUAAACAUAUACUGCUGACGAUAAAAGGAUGGGAUAAGGAAGUAGAUGAUGAAUAUUAUGUAGCAACAUUUAUUUUGGCGACUAAUUCUAUUGUGAAACUUUUAAUGCCAUACAUAUCCGUCAUGCAAUCCUUCAUACUUAUCUUCGCACCAGCGCUGGCAGCCGGCAUGUUACGUUCCCAGUCGGAGAAAUUAAAAAUGGUGCUGCACGAUAGACUGUUUCAAGAACGAGAGCAAAUACACUCUACGGACAUAGAGAAAUUCACAAGAUACAUAGAUGCCCGUCCAUUCAAGUUUACAGUCGCCAAGAUUAUACCUUUAGAUUGGAAACUGCCGCUUAUUAUAUUAAAUAUAACUAUUACUUAUUUAAUUGUGAUAAUACAAUUUGCACAAUUGUACUAA